CGCUGUUGUUCCGUCUCAGCAGUGUGUGAUCGCUCAGUAAAGUGUUGCUGAAUGCAGGAGCUCCGGGCUGCAUUCCGCACCAACUUUCUGGAUUGUUUCAUUGUAUGACUGGAGUAAAGUGAAAGUGUCCGUGUGAGGGAAUGGACAAGCACAAAGUGCUGGACCAGCUCCUCAUGGAGCUCCACCGCUUCUUGCUCAUCCUGGACAAGGAGACCCUGAGUGGGAACGCCACCGUCCAGAAGGGCCUGCUGUCUGAUCUUCUCCAGUCCUACAAAGCCUCAAAUGGUGCUGAUGAGGAGUACAUCUACAUGAAUAAAGUCAUUGUUACUGGGAAGGACAAAGAUGACAAAGAUGACCCACCAGAUGCCCUGGUCAAUGGAAAAGCAGGAAAAUAUGUCCCUGUGCCACAGAAGAGUCUUCCUGAUCUGCCGCCCCCAAGAAGAGGUGUAGUGUGUCGGGAGCCGUUCCCUCUUCCUGCAUUUCCCGCUCCAGCCGGCAUCGACAACUCCGAGAGUUACUAUGAGGAGGCUCAGCCUUACGAGGAAACCACUAACGAUCUGGAGUGUUCUGGCCUCUUCUCAGGGCCGUGGAUGCGAGUGCACAGCUAUGACAGUGUGGUCUAUGCUGUUAUCACCAGGGAUGACGGAGAGGCCGUUAGCAGCUCCUACGAGUCGUACGAUGAGGAGGAGGUGACCAGAGGGAAGUCGCCGUCGGCUCAGCAUCAGUGGCCGUCAGCGGAGGCGUCUAUCGAGCUGAUGAAGGACUCUCGCAUCUGCGCCUUCCUGUGGAGGAAGAAGUGGCUGGGGCAGUGGGCCAAACAGCUUUGUGUUAUCAAAGACCAUCGCCUGCUGUGCUAUAAGAGCUCCAAGGAGCAGACGCCUCUGCUGGACGUGAGCCUGCUGGGCUGCAGCGUGGUCUACAAAGAAAAGCAGAUGAAAAGAAAAGAGCACAAGCUGAAGAUCGUACCAGUAGGAGGAGAGGCCAUCGUGCUGGGUCUGCAGAGCAAAGAACAGACCGAGCAGUGGUUGAAGGUUAUUCAAGAAAUCAGUCCGAGGCCAGCUGAAAACUGUGACCCCCAAAACUCUGUGUUUGAUUCUCCGAGGCUUAUUUGCACCAAGGGAGAGUUGAGUGAGCGGCACUCGGUGGCUUCGGAGAGCGGCAGCAGCACAGACAGCCAUGCUGACACUCCAGAAAACAAAGAUGUGAAGAAAAAGUACUGUGCAGGUUUGAUGUUCAGCAACCUGAUGAACAUUGGCAAGAAAAAGCCGUCGUCGCUAGAGAGUCCUGAGAAAUGUGUGGACACCUCAGGCUACCUCAACGUGCUGGUGAACAGUCACUGGCGAACCUGCUGGUGUCUUAUAAAGAACGGACAGCUGUGGUUUUACCAGGACAAAGGAAAGAGCAAAGUGAGUCAGCCGGCCGUGACCCUGGGCGGCUGCAGCGUCUUACCCGACUCCAGCCCCGAGCACCUCUACUCCUUCAGGAUUGAGAUGGAUGGCGCGCAGCUGGCAACCCUGGAGGCGAAGACAUCAGCAGACAUGGGUCACUGGCUGGGCCUCUUGCUGUCACAGACCGGGACCAAGACUGAACCGGAGGAGCUGACGUACGACUACGUCAACUCUGAGAAGGUCUCCAGCAUCGUCAGUGCUGCAAAGACUUCCUUGUACUUGAUGCAGAGGAGGUACUCGGAACCCAACACGUAUAUAGACACCCUACCCUUGGUUCUUCAAGACUCUGACGAGCUGUACGACGACGUGGCGUCUCUCGCUGAUCCUGAGGAUGCUGAGGAGGAGAGCAACGUGCCAAACUCUGAGGACAACAAUCUUCAGGAAUGUAAUGAAACACGCUCACAGGAUGCUCAGGACCCUGUAAAUAUGGAACAGGACACGGACGACAGGAUUUACCUGGACCUGGUCCCUGUACGCUCCUUCCUCCACACACCGUGUGGGGUUAAAUCCUCCCCUGGCAAGGAACCUUGUAGGCAGUCGCCAGUCCCAGUAGAGGAGCCAAAAGACUCCUCGUGUGAGGUUAAAGAGGUCAUUUCAACAAAGCUUCCUGAGCCAGAUUCAACACCCGUGUUAAAUGGCCCAAGUACGGAGUGUUCCACCACUAAACCAGAACAGCAGCGACCCCCGACUCCAACUCCAACACAGUCACAAAAUCAACCAGUCAAGACCUCACCCCAAAGCCAGGAGAGCCCUAAGAGGGCCACCCUGGGUCUCCCGCAAGCCUUCAACUCUUCCGGGGCACAGAUCCAUAAGAGCCUAGCAGCCCAGACCAGUGCCGGGCUUCCUCACAGCCCCCAACCUGCACGGCCCAAGGGACACACCAUAGGGUGCCAUGGUGCCGUUGAGAUAAAGCUUGGCAAGAACCGCACAGAGGCGGACAUGCUGCGCUACAUAGAUGAGCGGGACCGUCUGGAGAAGGACAGGGAGGAGGUGAGGAACAGUCUGGCCAACCUGAAGAAGGAGAAGAGGGAGGUGAAAGAGGAGCUCAGCGUCUGCCAAGAUCCCAAGCAGCAGGCUUCAGUAGAGGCCCGUCUGAAACAGAAAGAGGAGGCAUGUCGAGAGGCAGAGCGCCGCAGGGUAGAGGUGGAGCUUCGACUGGUGGAAGUGAGAGAAAACCUGAAGAAAGCGGAGUCGGGGCCUUUUACACUGGGAACCACGUUGGACAGCGGCCUCCAGGACACACCUGUGUCCAAAGCAGCAACUCUGCCCCAGAGCCAGGCAUCAGUACCAUCACCGUCACCUUCAUCAUCCUCGUGCCCGCCACCCUCCACCAACAACGUCAGCACAGACUCUCCCGUCAACUCCGCCUCCGUUCUUAAAACCAGACCCGCCUCCAUGAUGGGCCCAAAGGGCAAUGUUAUGCAGAAAGCUAAGGAAUGGGAAAAAAAAUCCACCACCUAGAAGAAGACUUCAAAAAACAUCAACCCAUAAACAUGUUUUGGUCAACUGUCCAAAGGUGAAAUCCUCUCCUCCAUGGACCCCUCGUCCACAUCCAUUCCUUAAAAGACUACGAUGCAACCUGUCUUCUUGAAUACCACUGGAGAUUUUCUUUUAAGUACAGUUGUUCCUCUGUUUGCAAAAGAAAGAAUUUGAUGUCAUAGCGUCUUCAGAAGUGUAGCAGAUGGGAUGGUUCAAAAAUGAAAACCGACAAACAUUUAAAACCACUAAAUCCUGAAACAGACCGAAUCCCUUCUUCUAAAUUCUCCACUGUACACUUUAGAUUGUAGCUUGGUUCGUGUAUGCUGGUAGCCAAGAUGUAAAUAUGAUUACACCAUUUUUCAGCCUUUUGCUUGUAUUGCUAGCUAAAAGAAAAAUGCACUUUUUAUUCAAAUAAAAAUGAACUGACAAAAAUACAGGCUUUCACAACCGUUUGUGGAAAUGUCUCCAAUUGAUUUUAGCUUUUUUAUUUACAGAAUAUUCAAGAGACGACUUUUUAUUGAAAAUACAAUAUUUAUUAAGAUGUUUUAGGUGGUAAAAUAUUCCUUUGACCAUCAUUUUAAAUAACUAACUGCUUAAUACUGCAAAUGUCAUUUGAAAUAUUUUCUGUCACAAAAGAUGAAUGAUUGACACGUUUCUUUUUAUGCUAAAACUGGAUCAGAAAGUCAUCCUGAAAUUGAUCCAGGUAUAAAUUUGCUCUUCUUUUU